AUCGGUUGUGCAAUGUGUCCCAUCUGCUGUGUGCUGUUGUCGAUCGCCGUGCUCCUGGGACUGGUCUAUAUAUUCCUAACCUGGAACUUUGACUACUGGAUGAAGCGGGGCAUCAAGACUGCUCCCUCAUGGCCGUUUGUGGGCAGCUUUCCCAGCAUUUUCACCCGCAAGCGGAACGUCGCCUACGACAUCGAUGAUAUCUAUCAGCAGUACAAAGCGACGGACAAUAUGGUCGGUGUGUUCACCACGCGACUGCCACAGCUGCUGGUUAUGUGCCCGGAAUACAUACACAAGAUUUAUGCCACUGACUUCCGGAGCUUCCAUGACAAUGAACGGGGAAAAUUCGUGGACAAGAAGGUGGAUAAGAUUCUCGGCAACAAUCCAUUUGUCUUAACGGGGGAUGAAUGGAAGGAGAGAAGGGCUGAGAUCACGCCUGGUUUGUCUCCGAAUAGGGUCAAGGUCAUGUAUCCAGUGUCGCAAAAUGUGUGCAAAAAGUUCGUUGAUUACAUCAGGCGGCAGCAAAAGAUGGCCACCUCACAGGGGUUGGAUGCAAUGGAACUCUCUCUUUGCUACACCACCGAAGUGGUUUCCGACUGCGUCCUGGGAAUAUCAUCCCAGAGUUUCACAGACACUCCCACGCCCCUGGUGGGAAUGAUCCAGCGAGUGUUCAACUCCUCCUUUGAAUUCAUCCUCUACAGCGUGGUUGCCAAUCUAUGGCCACCGAUACGCAAGUUCUAUAGCGUGGCUCUGUUUACCAAGGAGGCGGAAGAUUUCUUCUUUGAUAUUAUGCGGCGCAGCAUCACCUUGAGACGGGAAAAUCCACAGCAGCAGCGCGAUGACUUCCUCAACUAUAUGCUGCAGUUGCAGGAGAAGAAGGGACUGGACACAGUGGAGCUGACCUCGCACACGAUGACUUUCCUCACGGAUGGCUUUGAGACGACGGCCCUGGUGCUGUCUCAUACUCUGCUGAUGCUGGGACGUCAUCCAGAGGAGCGAAAGGUGCUGAAGGAAAUUGGUAAGGAGGAUCUCAGCUUCGAGCAGCUGUCUGAGCUGCCCCACCUAGAGGCCUGUAUUCAUGAAACACUGCGUUUGUUUUCGCCGCAAACUGCUUCCCGCAAACUGGUAACACAACCCUAUGAGUUUGUGAACAAGAACGGAGUCACCUUGCGGAUGAAACCUGGUGAUGUGGUCAUAACACCUGUGAAAGCUCUGCAUCAUGAUCCUCAGUAUUACGAGAAUCCAGAUUCCUACAAACCGGAGCGCUUCCUGGAGGCAAAUGGUGGGGUGAAGAAGUACCGUGACAUGGGCGUCUUCCUGCCCUUUGGCGAUGGACCUCGUAUCUGUCCAGGCAUACGUUUUGCUCUCACUCAGCUCAAGGCAGCUCUUGUGGAGAUCGUAAGGAAUUUCGAGAUUAAGGUUAAUCCCAAGACACGCUCGGAUAAUCAGCUGGAUGACACUUUCUUUAUGGCUACCCUGAAGGGGGGCAUUUGGUUGGAUUUUAAGGAAAGGCAGUAGGAAUGAACUGAAGCUAUUCAGUCAAGGCUUUAAUUAUUAAAUAUUUACUAAAUAUUAAUUAU